AUGGCAGACAGCACAGCACAGGGGAGCCAAGGGCACCAGCGAGACCAGACUAGGCGGGGCGGGCGGGGCGGCGUGACUGGGGCUCUGAGAGCGGGGGUCGGGGCAGGGCAGGGGCUGGGAGGGGCGGGGGGCACUGGCCUCCGGAGCCCGUGGCCAAGGCGGGCCGAGGCGGGCAGCGACGGAGCAGGGAUCGGUGCCUUCUGCGCACAGGCUGGAGACGAGGCCAGGUCUCCAGCGGGUGGACGCGACAGCCAGUCAAGGAGGGCCCGGGCGUCCGGUCGGCGGCGGGCCGAGCAGGACAUGACGUGGUCCGGUGAGACGGGGACGGGGGCCGGCUGCCCGUCCUUCCUGGCAGAACAUUCUGGACUGGCGUUGCGGGGCAUGCUGCAGCUCGUUCCUCAACUUUCCCGAAGGAGUCGGCACAUCACGGUGCUCUUUGGACCCCCGAAAACCCUCAAGAUGAAAUGGUGCUGCCCAGCUCACGCCUGGGCCCUGGACUCGGGGACUUUUUCAAGUCCGUCUAGCUCUGAACAAGACGAUGCUGCAUUCAGGAACCACUGCUCUCAGGGACCGGCUCCCAGGUUAAGACAAAGGAACGAGCCCCCAACCCAACAACGGCGGCACCACCAGCGCCAGCAGCGGCCGCGGCACCACCCCAGCGGCGACACCAUCCUCGUGGCCACCCGUGCCCUGGGCAGGAGAGCACACCGAGCUCCUGCCACCCCGGAGCUGGCACUCCCCCAGCCGGGGCGACCCCACGUGGCCCUCCCGCUCUCCUCUUCUUCCUCCUUUUCUCCUCUCUCUUCUUCUCUCUUUUCCUCUCUUUCCUGUGCACGGGAGACUCGACGUAUCCAGGACUCUGUCCCCCACUCUUCCCCCAACUCAAUUUGCACUAAGUCGUUUGCACUGGUUUGGAGUCCUGGAGGCGGCCCCGAGUCUCCCCGUGUGAGUGUGCGAGCGGCUGAGUGUGAGCCCCCUUGGGCUGCGCCGCCGGCGCCCGACCUGCUCCACCUCGGGGCGCCCGGGCGGCAGGUGUGCGUGGGGCCCCGCCCGGCCCUCGCCUGGUCUGGAAGCUCCUCACCAUCGGAGCCAAACCCCGAAACAUUCCAUUCCAUUCUCGCUCUGUGCCCCUCCUCACCGGGACUUCUGCAGAAGCCCUGGACACAUUCAAUAAACACAGUCACAGCAUCUCGUCUCAGGGACUUGGAAUCCGAGCUGCUUACCUGGGGGAGGGGCUCGCGCCGCGAUCACGGCGGGGAGGGGCGUGGCGGGGCGUGGGGAGGGGGUGACACGAGGGAGGGAGGCAGGCUGGGGUCUGCGGACCAGGUAUCCCCUUCCCAGGGUUUGCUGGGAAGUGGGACUUUCGGUGCAGAGGCUGGGACCGUGUCAGGACCCCCAGGGCUGCUUUCCCGGGAGCCUCAGAUCCCGGGCCCCUCCCAGGCUCUCCGAGCACCUUGCGCCAGCCCAAGGGUGACCUUCAGAGGCCGGCCUGGGCCACGCUCCGCAGGCCAAGCUGAGUCCAUCUCCGGGCCGGCCAGAAAGCAGGGCCCGGCGGGCGGUGUGGGAACUGCGGGUGGUCCUCGCUGUUCCCUCCGCCUGCGUCUCUCCGUGGGGGGCUGCGUGGAGCGGCGUUUGCCGGAACGCGAACGGCUCCACUCCGGGGCUCUCUGCACCCAGGAAGCCAGGGAUGAGUAG